AUGAAGAACGUUGUCGCUCUUAUCGCCACCGCCGCUCUGGCUGCUCAGGGCGCGUCGGCCCACUACAUUUUCCACCAGACAUUGGCGAAGGGAACUGCCAAGGGUGUCCCGUACGAACCUGUCUUCCCCGACCUCCGAUGCAACGUCGGCGGUGCCACCGGCGGUAACACUAGCACUCUCGAGUUGAACGCCGGUGACCCGUUCACCUUCACGCUUGACACGGCUGUUUACCACCAGGGUCCCAUCUCCCUAUACUUAUCGAAGGCCCCAGGCACUGCCGCGGAAUACGAUGGCAGCGGAGACUGGUUCAAGAUCAACGAUUGGGCACCUGUCUUUAAUGGUGGUCAGGCCAGCUGGACCAUGAAGGACACCUACUCUUACACGGUUCCUAAGUGUAUCGCGAACGGAGAGUAUCUCCUCCGAAUCCAGUCCCUCGCUAUCCACAACCCCGGCUCCACCCCGCAAUGGUACGUCGGUUGUGGCCAGAUCAAGGUCAGCGGCGGCGGAAGCGGCUCGCCCAGCCCUACCGUCAAGAUCCCCGGUGCAUUCAAGGCUACCGACCCUGGAUACACUGCCAAUAUCUACAACAACUUCCACUCAUAUACCGUACCCGGCCCCUCCGUAUUUACCUGCUAA